CAAAGUCUGUAUUUAAUUUGGCAACUUUCAACCAAAAUACUACGUAAAAAGCAUAUUUUUUAGAUCAAAACAAACACAUUUUAACGCUAGAAGAUAUAUAAAAACUCACCAUGUUGCGUAUACCUGGAAUUCCCCUGCUUCCGGGCACACUCUUUCGCGAUGUCUCCAAAACCCAAUACCCCAAGCCUCAGACCCUGAUGAAGUUCCAUGGACUCAACAUGCUUAGCGAUCGCCAACAGCCGGCUCCUGUGGACUCGAGCGGCAUGGCGGUGGACAUAAGCUGCCCGCCCGUUGGGGCAGCUUCCAUCUAUCCGCCACGCUCGGGUCCCCGGAUGCCGCCUUGGCUGGCCUACGACAAGAAAGUGCUAUGCUUCCGGGGUUACUUCAAGCAGACGCUGCAAGAGGUCUAUCAUGCACCCUAUCUGGUGCGAAAGGUCAAGAUCUAUUACUAUCUAGAAGAUGGCACCAUAGAGAUCUUUGAGCCGAGGAUUGAUAACUCAGGGAUUGUGCAGGGCAGCUUGGUCCAUAGGCAGCGAGUGCCCAAGGCACCGCCUUGCGACAAUGAGUUUAUGUCCUUGAUUGAUCUGAACGUGGAUAUGACUGUGCAAAUAUUUGAUAGGCAAUAUCACAUCACGGAUUGUGAUCAGUUUACCAGGAAUUUUUUGAAUAAGCGGGGAAUACCGGUGCCCGAUCCUGUUCAGUCGCCAUGUGAUCCCACGGAGACCAUGCGUAACCGCGAUAAAAAUCAGACUCACAUCUCGCCACCAAAAUGUCAUGCUUUUGCUCAAUUUCUUAAAUACGAUCGGCAGAUCUUAAAGUUUCAAGGUUAUUGGGAUGAUCGAACCGAGUUUGGUGAUGUCCGUAAGCUGGAAUUGUGUUAUUAUCUGGCCGAUGAUACUAUAGAGAUAAAGGAGGCUCAUAUUCGAAAUUCGGGUAGAGAUGGGCCCACGGUAUUUUUGAAACGAAACCGAUUGGCAAGAGAAUUUGAUGGACUACCCCUUCCCGGCCAGACCACCCCACAGACCCUGCUCAACGUUCUGGGCAGCAAUAUGCGCAACGUACGCUACUGCGUGGAUCCCCUGAAUACGGGCAAUAAGGAGGUUUUGUACUACAGUGAUCGUGAUCUGCAGAUCGGCAGCGUAAUAAAUGUCUAUGGCCGGGCAGUGGUCAUCACCGAGCUGGAUCCCUUCACGCAGCAAUACUACCGCCAACGCUAUGGCAUCCAUGACUUUACGCCACUCCCCAUACCCACCAGAUCCGACGAUUGUGCGGAACACAAGACGGGCGAGCGCCAGUUGCCGCCCUUCAAUGGCUGGGGCAGCUACGAGGAUUCGGUGGGCAAUUGCAUAUCCGUGGAACCGAAGCCACCCAGGACGGACUUUAAAAAGUUUAUCAAAUACGAUCGCUAUGUCCUGCGAUUCGGUGCCAAGAUGCUCUCGACCAUCAAGGCCAACUGUGAAAGGAUAUUCGUCAUCAGUUACUAUUUGAGUGAUGAUACCUUGCAGAUUCAGGAGAUAGCUGUGCGCAAUUCGGGCUUCCUGGGCGGUCAGUUCUUAAGACGCACCAGGCUGGAGUUGCCCGGCCAGGAGAGAUUCUCCUGCAAGGAGCCGCAGUAUUAUAUGCCAUGGAACUUCUUCAUAGGAUCCACCAUAAUGCUGAGCGACUUCAUCUUCCAUAUAGUCUCGGCGGAUGAGUACACAAUGAUGUUUAUGGAACACCACCCGGAGCAGUAUCCCAAGGCAAAUGUACAGAUUAUCAUGGACAAAGUUCGCAGUGCCUUGCAGGAUCACAUGGUGGAGUUUGUGGGUCAAUGUGUGCCUGACUGCACGGAUCUGGAAAAGAAGGAGGAUGUUUUUAUCAGCUAUGAGAGCUUCAAGGGAGCAUUGAUUGCCCAAAUGGGCAAAGCGAUCAGUGAUCAUGAGAUUGUCACUCUCUGUCGCCACUUUUCAGCGGAGAGGGCGCCGCCUAAUGCCUGCAAAAGAGCUGAUGUCCAGGCGGCAGCUCAUCUGGAGAUUAAGAGAUCCUUGUGGAAUGCUAGAGAGGAUUUGAUGGAGCACUUCCAUCACAUUAACCCCAUGAAUCAACCCUUUAUGCCUGAGCACAAGGUGCGAUCGGCUCUACGGGGCUGCCGCCUGCCCUUCUCUUUGGAGCUUAUAGAUAAUAUUUUAUCGAUUUUGAAUCGCAAUGAGUGUGAUGAUAUAGAGGUCUGCGAUUUGAUGAAUUUUAUAGAUGUUUCCUGUGGCAAGGGCUGCAGCAUGGUCCCUGUGAAUCAUGCCUUUGAGCUGUGCCCGAAGAUUCCUUUCCUGUUCUUGGGUCGCGUGGUGAACUUUGCUUGUUUCCUGCGCCACUUGAAGCUACCUUUGAACUUGCCCUCGACAGGUGAGGGUGAAAAAGAUGCCAUAGGCGAUGUGAGGAUACUGCCGCCAUCGGUGGAUGGAGACAAUCCGUUGCAAAAGCAUGAGUGAUUUUUUGGGAGGUUUAGUUAUUAGUUAAAACUUAGAAAAAUAGCAAAAUAACUCAUUUUAGUAUUUUAUUUUGGACUUACAA